AUGGGACAAGCAUUUAGUUUUACAAACAUCUUUAACAAACUAUGGGGGAUACAAAAAGAAGUAAGAAUACUUAUCUUAGGAUUAGACGGUGCCGGUAAAACCACCAUAUUAUAUCGAUUACAAAUGGGAGAAGUCGUAACCACAAAACCAACAAUUGGAUUCAAUGUAGAAACAUUAAAAUAUAAAAACAUAACAUUAAAUAUCUGGGAUUUAGGUGGACAAACUUCAAUCCGACCAUAUUGGAGAUGUUAUUAUUCAAAUACAUCAGCAAUUAUAUUCGUGGUUGAUUCAACUGAUAAAGAUCGUAUUGAUACUGCUUGUAAAGAAUUACAUACGAUGUUGAAAGAAGAGGAAUUACAGGAUAGUGCGUUGUUGGUGUUUGCUAAUAAACAGGAUCAACCGGAUGCUAUGACUGCUGCGGAGGUGUCUCAGGCACUUAAUUUGACGGAUUUGAAGGAUAGAAGUUGGAGUAUUGUUGCUUCGAGUGCUAUUAAAGGAGAAGGAUUGAAUGAAGGGUUGGAUUGGUUAAUGGAUGUAAUUAAAGAUGAACAGUUGUAA